AUGCUGAGCUUUGACCGCCCGUACCUGAAGGGUGUGGAAGUAACUAUUUGGGGCUGUUUCAUUGUCUGGGCCAGAUGGAUUAAUCCUCCCGAAACCAUUCCCGGGAUGCCCACGUCCCCAGGGCUCGCGGCCCCUGAGAGCGGCUGCUUUGCCACCUUGGUGGCCGAUCCGGCACCCACUUGUCGGGUCAGCGCUGCGUACUCGUUCACUGUCGGGUCGGCGCUGUUCUCUAUUGAAGCGUUUGUUCAGAUCUUGGGCUCCAAUCCGAAGCUUACGACCCCGACCACCACGACCACCACGACAACCGCGACCACCACGAACAACGGCCACGCCGCCGUGUUUUUCCGGCGAGCAGAAAAUAUGCUCGGCGUGUUCCCAGGAAAGGCUCGAGAAAUUAAUGUGGUGGUGGUGGUGGUGGCUGCGGCGGCUGCGCCCAAGGCCAUCAAGUACUGGAUGGUUCUCACUCCCGCUGGCGGGAGGAGAAUCAUGCAUGUCGCCUCGAGUGCGGAGGUGCCUGAGGACACGAUUUCGGUCAAGAUCGUGGUCCCGGCCUCCCACCGGUUCUUGGACUGGCCUGCGGUGGCGAGAUUGAAGGGGAAGGGAGAGGGGAAGGGGGAGGAACAGGAGCAAGAAUAA